UCUGUCUUAGCUGCUCGCUCCGCUGCAAGCCGUCUGAUGCACCUCGUCGACAACAACACUUUCAUAAAGCGGCUUGAAGAGCUAUUCGAAGCGACCAAGGACAAGGGGACUGUAUGGCUCACCCAUAAGCGACUGACAUAUGAUGGGGAAGACGUAGUGAUGCAUGAUGUGGAUAAAUCCAACAAGGAAUACCUCUGUCUCGUGCGGGUCACAGAUGGCAACAAAACGCAGUUUUCCACACAUGUGAAACCCGCAGAUUUAAUGAAAUUUCACGCUGCCUAUGGAUCGCUCCUCAAAGCGUCCUUCACCACUCUUCGCAAACGAGACAAAAAGCGAGAAAAACAUCGCGCCGAACAAGUUGCGCGACGGAAACAACGUAUGGCGGAGCCUGUCAUCAUCAAGGGUCCAAAGAGGGGCAAUGGACGAAAGAAGAGGCAACGACAAGUCAAGGCUGCCAUCAAACUAGAGGCCGCGAAGGAACGGGCAGCUAAGAAGGAAGAGACGAGAAGCAAAGUACAGUUUCCAGCAUAGCUUCCAACUCACGGUAAUGCUUGUGUUUGUAGACAUGUACAGGAGCACUACGCCCGUCGUGACACUAUUGAUCAGACUUUAGUAUCUCACUUCUGUCCUCCGCAACUUGUGCACUCCCAACGUGUUGUUACUCGCAGCCGACGUUCACAUUCAACUUGUUGGACCUGCACUCAAUCAUAAGUACUGCCCGAAGAGAAAUGCCGUUACACAUUAGGCUAAGCUCAUCACUUGGG